CUGACAAACAAGCAUCUUCUCAACAGAAACCCUGAUAUCAAGAGUACAGAAAUAUGGAGAGUGUUCUCCCACUAAAGAUGUUGGGAGUGUUGGCUCUGGUUCUGCUGGUGCCCAGUAUGAAUGAGGGACGGAUUCUGAGUAAAUGUGAUCUGAAGGCUCAGCUGGAAGCCACUGAGUUUCAGGUGGUGCCAGACAACAUGACUGUGGAAGAUCUCAUCGCCAAACUUGUCUGCAGGGCCAACACCUCAGGCUUCAACACCCAUUUAGUUAAAUUUAUCACUAGAAAACAUGACGAUCCCGCAUCUGAACAGGAUCCUACCCAAGCUUCAUUUCAGGCUCCAGCUCUAGCUCCACCCCCACCCCAGGUUCCACUUAAUGAUUCACUCCAGAAUCAGCGUCAAGCUCCAACCCUGGGCCAGCCCCCAGUUCAAUCCGAGAAUCAGCCUCAAACUCCACCCCAGGGUCAGGUUCCAGUUCAAUCCCAGAAUCAACCUCAAACUCCACCCCAGGGUCAGGUUCCAGUUCAAUCCCAGAAUCAGCCUCAAGGUCCACCCCGGGGUCAGCGUCCAGUUCAAUCCCAGAAUCAGCCUCAAGGUCCACCCCGGGGUCAGCGUCCAGUUCAAUCCCAGAAUCAGCCUCAAGGUCCACCCCGGGGUCAGCGUCCCGUUCAAUUCCAGGAUCAGCCUCAAGCUCCACCCCAGGGUCCACCUAAAGGCCCCCAGGAAAAGGACCGAAAGCGUCCUGCCGUCUGGCACCAGUACGGAGUGUUUCAGCUCAACGACAAGUUUGCCUGUGAUUCCGAAGUUGUGCCAUCCCUCAACCUUUGCCAGAUGAACUGCUCUGCUUUGGUUGAUGAUGACAUCACCGAUGACAUCACCUGCCUCAAGACCCUGAUCAGCACUAUGAAAGCUGGCACCGUAGGGCAACUGUCUGACAGUACUCCAUUGCCUCAGAAGCUGGAUACGCUGUUGGUGAAGGAGUGUCGGGAUGUUGUCGCCUCUCAGUACUUUGCUGAGUGUCGCUGAACAUUCAGCGUCCCAGCAGGCGGACUAGAUUCGUCAAACUUAACGUCCCAAUGUAACUUUUCUGAUUUGUGAACUACACAGACGUAUGCACAUGCGGUCUAACAUUAUCUCACACUGUCACUUUGAAAGCCCAACAGUCUCAUGAUUUCAGUGGGAAGUUGCAUUUUAUUAAAAUGGUUAGUGUCAUUAUGAGGGUGGUGGGACCUGGAUGCUUUUAAACAGACUCAUAAUAAACUUUACAGAGGGCUGUGUGCAUCAAGCUAUUUAAUUUAUUGGUGUAAAACUGUCUACAUAGGCCAACUUCUACACCUAUUUAAUAAAUUAUAAAUGUGUGAGAAAACUGUUUCUUUGGUUAUGCAACAUACAUUUGUAGAGUGCUUUUUGUAUCAACCUUCUGACUCUUUAAAGUCCAAAAAUGACAAUUUUUAUUUUUUCAUGAAAUAUU